CGCACGUGAGUGGUCUCCGUGGCUACUUGUAGCCGCUUCUUCUACAGUCACUACCGGGGCUGCGUGUCCGGGAGCCGGCGCCAUGGGGAGGCUGCGCCGACGCUAUAAUAUCAAAGGGCGGCAGCAGCAGCCGCCCCCGGGGCCUGAGCCUAAGAGGCCGGGCGUCCAGGUGGAGUUGGAGCUGGACGACAGGGACCUAUUGAAAGGAGUGGAUGAGAGCAAUGCACUGGUCCUGCCUGGACGCAGGGAGAAGAAGAAGAAGCCUAUCCCUACCACCAAGAAGGAGAAGAAACCCCUUACCAAGAAAGAGAAGAAGCUCCUGCAGAAAGUGUUGGAGCAAAAGAGAAAAAAGAGUGAGCGAGUAGAAUUACUGCAGAAAUUGAGUGAAGUCCAGGCUUCUGAGGCCGAAAUGCGGCUUCUGUAUACCACCUCCAAACUCGGGACUGGUGAGCGAAUGUACUGCAGGAAAAGGAAGACAGAAGAGACUGGACCCAGGGCUCCGGAGAAGAUUAGUAGCCUCAGUGGGGCUCGAAGGAAAAGACAAAGACAUCCGUCAGAAGAGGAGUCUGAGUCGUCCAGUGAAGCUGAGAUGGAGAGUGAGGCAGAGGCCAUCGAAGCCCCGGCCCCAGCCGUAGUUAGUGGAAAGCCAGAGACGACAGUGGAUUUGAAGCCUGCCAAGCCUGUGGCUAAGGACCCAAUUUCUCUCUUGGGCAGUCAGCCUGCCCCUGCCUUGGCACUGCCUUCCCCAGCUUCCCAAGAGCCAUCUGCAAAACCGGCUGUUUUCAUCCCAGUGGACCGUUCUCCUGAGGUUCAGGAAGCCCGGCUCAGGCUCCCCAUUCUUUCAGAAGAGCAAGUGAUCAUGGAGGCUGUCUCUGAGAACCCCACUGUCAUCGUGUGUGGUGAGACGGGGAGUGGGAAGACCACCCAGGUGCCCCAGUUUCUGUAUGAAGCUGGGUAUAGCAGCAGCAGUGGCCUCAUCGGUAUUACUGAGCCUCGCCGAGUGGCUGCUGUGGCCAUGUCCCAGCGAGUGGCCAAGGAAAUGAAUCUUUCCCAAAGGGUGGUUUCCUAUCAAAUCCGCUAUGAAGGGAAUGUGACAGAGGACACCAAAGUCAAGUUCAUGACAGAUGGAGUCUUACUCCGAGAGAUCCAGAAGGACUUCUUACUCUCCAAGUACAAAGUGGUCAUCAUUGAUGAGGCCCACGAGAGAAGCGUCUACACGGACAUUCUGAUUGGCCUCUUGUCUCGAAUUGUGUCUCUUCGGGCAAAGAAGCAGCAGCCCCUGAAACUGCUCAUCAUGUCGGCCACACUCCGUGUGGAAGACUUCACCCAGAACUCGCGGCUCUUCUCAGUGCCUCCCCCGGUUGUAAAGGUGGAUGCCAGGCAGUUCCCCGUGACUGUGCACUUUAACAAGAGGACGCCCCUCCAGGACUACAGUGGGGAGUGCUUCCGAAAAGUCUGCAAGAUCCACCGAAUGCUACCUCCAGGAGGUAUCUUGGUGUUCCUGACGGGGCAGGCGGAGGUGCAUUCCCUCUGCCGGAGACUCCGGAAAGCCUUCCCAUGCUACCGAGGCAGAACAGAAGAGAAAGAAGAUUCCGUGGAAGAGAUGAGAAAAUUCAAAAAGUCUCGCUCUAAGAAGGCCCCUGCGGAAGCCUUGCCCAGGAUUGAUCUGGAUAAUUACUCGGCGAUGCCCGUGGAUGAAGGCGAUGAGGACAGAGAAUCGGAAAUGGAUGAGGAAGAGGACGCUUUGGGAUCUGACCUUGAUCUAGACCUGGGAGAUGGAGAAAACGAAGAAGGUGAGAAGCCAGAUGCCUCCCUCCCCCUUCACGUGUUGCCGCUCUAUUCGCUGUUGGCUCCAGAGAAGCAGGCCCAGGUGUUCAGGCCUCCCCCAAAGGGCCAGAGACUGUGUGUUGUAGCCACCAACGUGGCUGAGACGUCCCUAACCAUCCCCGGCAUCAAAUACGUGGUCGACUGCGGCAAAGUCAAGAAGAGGUUUUACGAUAAGGUGACCGGCGUGUCCUCCUUCCGAGUAACCUGGGUGUCCCAGGCCUCGGCUGAUCAGCGUGCUGGGAGAGCUGGGAGAACAGAGCCGGGCCACUGCUACAGACUCUACUCGUCAGCUGUUUACAGUGACUUUGAGAAGUUUUCUCCCCCUGAAAUCACCCGGAGACCCGUUGAGGAUUUAGUCCUUCAGAUGAAAUCUCUGAACAUAGAAAAGGUCGUCAACUUCCCGUUUCCAUCCCCUCCCCCCCUCGAGGCUCUGGUCUCCGCAGAGGAGCUGCUGAUCGCGCUCGGGGCGUUGCGGGAGCCCCCCCAGACUGGAAGGGUGAAGCAGCUGCAGGGGGCGAAGCUGAGCUGCCCCAUCAGCCCCCUGGGCAGGACCAUGGCCACCUUCCCCGUGGCCCCCCGCUACGCCAAGAUGCUCGCCCUGAGCCAGCGGCACGAGUGCCUGCCGUACGUCAUCACCAUCGUGGCCGCCAUGACCAUCCGUGAGCUCUUCGAGGACUUCGACAGGCCGGCGGCCAGCGAGGAGGAGCAGGCCCAGCUGAAGGGCAGGAAGGCGCGCGUGUCGCAGGUGCAGAGGCUGUGGGCGGGCCGCGGGCCCUCGCUGAAGCUGGGAGACAUGAUGGUGCUGCUCGGCGCCGUGGGGGCCUGCGAGUUCUCGGGCUGCACGCCCCGCUUCUGUGACGCCAACGGACUGCGCUACAAGGCCAUGAUGGAGGUCCGGCGGCUUCGGGGGCAGCUGACCACCGCAGUGACCUCCCUCGGUUCACACCCGGGCCUCUUUGUGGACCCCAAAAUGAAGCCCCCCACCGAGGACCAGGUGACGUUCCUGCGGCAGGUGGUGCUGGCCGGCCUGGGAGACCACGUUGCUCGGCGUAUCCGGGGUGAGGAGCUCCUUGAUGGAAAAUGGAAGAACGGCUACAAGACGCCUCUGCUCGACGAGCCGGUCUUCAUCCACCCCAGCUCAGUCCUCUUCCGAGAGCUGCCCGACUUUGUGGUCUAUCAGGAGAUCGUGGAAACCACCAAGAUGUACAUGAGAGGUGUCUCGGCGGUGGAAGCCGAGUGGAUCCCGACCCUGCUGCCUUCCUACUGCCACUUCGAAAAGCCCCUGGAGGAGCCUCCCCCGGCCUACUGCCCCGAGAGUGGCCGCGUCGUGUGUCACCGGGCCAGCACCUUCUAUCGCGUGGGCUGGCCACUUCCAGCCGUGCAGGUGGACUACCCCGAGGGCCUCGAGCGCUACAAGCACUUUGCCAGGUUCCUCCUGGAAGGAGAGGUCUUUGAGCCCCUCCGCUGCCACAGGAACUGUCUCCUGUCCAGCCCCAGCACGAUGCUCAAGACCUGGGCCAAGCUCCAGCCCAGGACCGAGAGCCUCCUGAAAGCCCUGGUGUCGAGGAAGGCAGAUUGCCGGAACGCUUUACAAGAGGCCUGGAAGCAGGAGCCCACAUAUCUGCUGUCUGAAUACUGCGAGUGGCUCCCCCAGGCCUUGCACAGCGAAGUCUCCAGACUUUGGCCUCCCUGUCGGCCCUGAGCCUCCAGGAUCCCAUCCCGGCUCUCCUGGGUCAGUGAGGUGCCCACCUCUGCCCAAAGGAUUCUCUGCUCCUGGAUGAGAUGGACGGGGCCCCUGGGCAUGGCGCUAAGCCCCUCCAAGGGGGAAGACUCCCCUUCUGCAGCUGCCUGACAGAGCGUGCCUGGGGAGCAGCUGUGCCACCUCCUCCUCUCCUUCCUUCCCCUCUCUGAGCCCCCAAACCCUGGCCCUGCCUCCCACCUCCCACCUGAGAAGCCACAGCGGCUCCCCAUCGCCUCUGAGACAACGUACAUGGGGCGCCUUCCCUGCGGGGCCCGGCCAGCUCAUCCCCAGAUGGAUUGCACUGGCCGGGGCUCUGUGCCGGCUGCCCUGUGCCUCACCAGCCUGACACCAACCCUGCCCCACAUUUCCCUUUUCUGUCCCUCCGAGCUCUGCAACUGUUGGGGCUCAACUCCGUCUUCCAGAGGCCUUUUCCAACGCCCUGGUUUUAGUGUCCAACCCCCCCCACCCCCAAUGUAGUCUGGAUUGAAUUCACUGACUGUACCGGGGCCCCUCGAGGGCAGGAACUACCUCAUCUUUAUAGUUAGAUCUCCAGGGCUCAGUGCAGCGUCUGGUUUAGGCUGAAACUUUGUCCUUAUUAUAUUGUUUUUUAAAGAUUCUGAACUUUCUAUCUUUCUUCCUAACUUAAAAAAAAAUGU